AUGGGUUGCUUCGAGCAGGCGGCUGCCACCGCCAAGGAGGGUGGCAAAGGUGGCACCUUGGACAGGAAGUCGGGUAACUACAGUCUGUUGAAUAUGGGUUGCUUCGAGCAGGCGUCUGCCACCGCCAAGGAGGGUGGCAAAGGUGGCACCUUGGACAGGAAGUCGGGGGCGUCUGCCACCGCCAAGGAGGGUGGCAAAGGUGGCACCUUGGACAGGAAGUCGGGUAACUACAGUCUGUUGAAUAUGGGUUGCUUCGAGCAGGCGUCUGCCACCGCCAAGGAGGGUGGCAAAGGUGGCACCUUGGACAGGAAGUCGGGUAACUACAGUCUGUUGAAUAUGGGUUGCUUCGAGCAGGCGUCUGCCACCGCCAAGGAGGGUGGCAAAGGUGGCACCUUGGACAGGAAGUCGGGUAACUACAGUCUGUUGAAUAUGGGUUGCUUCGAGCAGGCGUCUGCCACCGCCAAGGAGGGUGGCAAAGGCGUCUGCCACCGCCAAGGAGGGUGGCAAAGGUGGCACACCUUGGACAGGAAGUCGGGUGGUAACUACAGUCUGUUGAAUAUGGGUUGCUUCGAGCAGGCGUCUGCCACCGCCAAGGAGGGUGGCAAAGGUGGCACCUUGGACAGGAAGUCGGGUAACUACAGUCUGUUGAAUAUGGGUUGCUUCGAGCAGGCGUCUGCCACCGCCAAGGAGGGUGGCAAAGGUGGCACCUUGGACAGGAAGUCGGGUAACUACAGUCUGUUGAAUAUGGGUUGCUUCGAGCAGGCGUCUGCCACCGCCAAGGAGGGUGGCAAAGGUGGCACCUUGGACAGGAAGUCGGGUAACUACAGUCUGUUGAAUAUGGGUUGCUUCGAGCAGGCGUCUGCCACCGCCAAGGAGGGUGGCAAAGGUGGCACCUUGGACAGGAAGUCGGGUAACUACAGUCUGUUGAAUAUGGGUUGCUUCGAGCAGGCGUCUGCCACCGCCAAGGAGGGUGGCAAAGGUGGCACCUUGGACAGGAAGUCGGGUAACUACAGUCUGUUGAAUAUGGGUUGCUUCGAGCAGGCGUCUGCCACCGCCAAGGAGGGUGGCAAAGGUGGCACCUUGGACAGGAAGUCGGGUAACUACAGUCUGUUGAAUAUGGGUUGCUUCGAGCAGGCGUCUGCCACCGCCAAGGAGGGUGGCAAAGGUGGCACCUUGGACAGGACAGGG